AUGGAAACCCAGAAAUCUUCAACCUCCCAUAUUGAAAUCACAAUCGAAGACCCUAAUGCUCCUCCUCCUCCCCCUCCUCCGCCGCCGCCGCCGUCCUCCGCCAGCUUAGACGACGCGCCGACGCGGUGGCUAUCCCCUAUACUCGCCGGAUUCCACGCCGGCUAUUUCAGAAUAAGCCUGUCCUUAGGCUGGCAAGCCAUGCUAUGGAAAACGCUAUUCCCACCUCAUCACGCCGCCUUCCAUGUCCUCAAUAUCACGUUAUGGUCCUUCAGCCUCAUCGUCCUCAUCAUCCUCUCCGCCCUCUAUCUCCUCCGCUGCUUGCUUUUCUUCAGUCUGGUUAAAAGCGAGUUCCUUCAUCACAUCGGCGUUAAUUACCUCUUCGCCCCAUGGAUUUCUUGGCUCCUCCUCCUCCAAUCCGCCCCUUUCCACUCACAUUAUAGUCCCCGCGUCCUAUGGUGGUUCUUCGCGGUCCCCGUGGUGGUCCUGGACGUAAAAAUAUACGGCCAGUGGUUCACCAAGGGGACAAGGAUUCUAACCGCGGUGGCCAACCCGACGAGCCAGCUGACGGUGAUCAGCAACCUGGUGGUGGCGCGUGCCGCCGCCAGGAUCGGGUGGCAGGAAGUCUCCAUUGGCUGCUUCUCCUUGGGCAUGAUCCACUACUUGGUCCUGUUCGUCACGCUCUACCAGAGGCUGCCGGGGAGUGACCGCCGGCUUCCGGCGAUGCUCCGGCCGGUGUUCUUCUUGUUCUUCGCGGCGCCGAGCGAGGCCAGCUUGGCGUGGGAUUCCAUUUCUGGAAUCUUCGAUACUUGCUCCAAGAUGCUGUUUUAUCUCUCUCUCUUCCUCUUCACGGCGCUGAUCUGCAGGCCAAACUUAUUCAAGAAAUCAUUCAAGAAAUCGAUGAGAAGGUUCAACGUUGCAUUGUGGGCUUAUUCAUACACCAUCACCUUGCUCGCCUUAGCGGCAAGUAAGUAUGCAAAGGUGGUCACCGGAGCGGUGCCUCGUGCCCUAAUGUUCAUCCUUGCCGGCCUCUCUAUCUUGGUCUUCCUCUCUAUAUUGUUCAUCACCACUUUUGUCGUCAUCAAACACGCUUCGAACCGUCAUUUUCACAAAUCCUCCAAAAAAAUCUUUGGAUGA